CAUCUCUCGCGCACUACAUAUCUGCAGACUUGAAUGCUCGACAGUACCUUUUGUUCUGUAACUGCCGUCAUUUUACCGAAAAGUAAACACCCUUUUUUUUAUUACCACAGGUUGGAGCUUCCGUAGUAGUAGUCUCGGGAAUUCUCCACACAUUGCAAACAGAACAGGCCUGCUACUUGGCAUCCUCACCACCUUACAAGACAACAACAGCACACAGCGCCCACCAUGGCUUCCACAGAGUCCAUACUCCAGGGCGUCAACGUCCUGGGCACGGUCAAUGAGUCUCAGCGCAAGAUUCUGACACCACCUGCUCUGGCUUUUCUCGCCCUGCUUCACCGCUCCUUCAACGAGCGCCGCAAGCAGCUGCUGGAGCGCAGAAAGCUGCGCCAGGCCGAGAUUGACAAGGGCGUUCUUCCAGACUUCCUGCCCGAGACCAGGCAUAUCCGAGAGAACUCGACCUGGAAGGGAGCUGCGCCGGCGCCGGGCCUGGUUGAUCGCCGAGUCGAGAUCACGGGCCCUACGGACCGGAAGAUGGUUGUCAACGCGCUCAACUCAAAUGUGUGGACGUACAUGGCCGACUUUGAGGACUCCAGCGCUCCCACAUGGGAAAACAUGAUCAACGGGCAAGUUAACCUGUACGACGCCGUUCGUCGGCAGGUGGACUUCAAGCAGGGCAGCAAGGAAUACAAGCUGCGGACUGACAGGACUCUACCAACGCUCAUUGUGCGGCCUCGUGGAUGGCACCUCGAGGAGAAGCAUGUGACCAUCGACGGAGAGCCCAUCAGUGGAUCGCUUUUCGACUUUGGUCUUUACUUUUUCCAUAGCGCACAUGAGGCAGUCAAGCGCGGGUUCGGUCCAUACUUUUACCUGCCCAAGAUGGAGUCGCACCUGGAGGCUCGGCUGUGGAACGAUGCUUUCAACCUAGGCCAGGACUACAUUGGUAUGCCCCGUGGCACGAUCCGCGGUACGGUGCUCAUCGAGACGAUCCUGGCUGCGUUCGAGAUGGACGAGAUCAUCUACGAGCUGCGCGACCACAGCUCCGGCCUCAACUGCGGCCGAUGGGACUAUAUUUUCAGCACCAUCAAGAAGUUCCGCCAGCACCCCAACUUUGUGCUGCCCGACCGCUCGGCUGUCACCAUGACGGUGCCCUUCAUGGACGCCUACGUCAAGCUGCUGAUUCAGACUUGCCACAAGCGCGGCGUGCACGCCAUGGGAGGCAUGGCUGCCCAGAUCCCCAUCAAGGACGACAAGGAGGCCAACGACCGCGCCAUGGAUGGUGUCCGGGCCGACAAGCUGCGCGAGGUGCGGGCGGGCCACGACGGUACCUGGGUUGCCCACCCGGCCCUGGCGGCCAUCGCUUCAGACAUCUUCAACAAGCACAUGCCGACGCCCAACCAGCUGUUUGUGAGGCGCGAGGACGUGCACAUUACGGCCAUGGAUCUGCUCAACAUGAAUGUACCGGGCAAGAUCACCGAGGAUGGAAUCAGGAAAAACCUGUACAUUGGUCUCGGUUACAUGGAGGCCUGGAUCCGCGGCGUUGGCUGCGUGCCCAUCAACUACCUGAUGGAGGACGCCGCGACUGCCGAAGUCUCCCGCAGCCAGCUGUGGCAGUGGGUCAAGCACGGCGUGAGCACCGCAGAGGGCAAAAAGGUUGACAAGUCGUAUGCGCUCCGUCUCUUGCGGGAGGAGGCAGACAAGAUGGCCAAGUCAUUGCCCGCCGGCAACAAGAUGCAGCUGGCCUCGCAGUACUUUGCCACCCAGGUUACCGGCGAGGAUUAUGCCGACUUUUUGACAACGCUUUUGUAUAACGAGAUCACGACACCCGGAAGCGCCAGGCCCGCUUCGAAAUUGUAAUUUUAUCAAAGUGUUUUCCUAGCUGGGGAGGAAAAAGAAUCUCAGGACUUGGGAUUGUAUUUUGUGAUAUAUGAAAGAUUUACCCACAUGAUGUGUUGAAUCG